AGAUUGCGAAUGAAUAAUCAGCGCUGCAUUCAAAAUGGGAGAGAAAGUCGAUCCUAUUCUGUACGUUUUGGUAAUCGGAUUCCAUCAUAAAAGGGGUUGUCAGGUGGAAUAUUCGUUCCCCGAACUGGUCCCGGGCCAUCCCAACGAAUGCCCCGCCGGUUGGAAGUAUUUACCGACAUUAGCACUACCCGACGGGUCCCACAAUUACGACGAGGACACCGUUUAUUUCCAUUUGCCCAGCCUCACCAAACCCGUACGAACCAUCUACGGUAUAUCCUGUUUCCGUCAGAUACCCGUGGAAAAGAUAAAAAACAAAACCUCCGACAUCACCAGAGGUACCGUACAAAAAUCGGUGUGCGUACUGAGCAAAGUACCGCUCUUCGGGCAAAUACAAGUCAAGAUGUGCCUGAUAACGCACGCCUACUUCGACGAAGGCGAUUUCAGCCAAGUAUCGAUUUUAGAAGAUACUUAUUAUCAUUUGAACGCCGUCAUGACGCAAAGCGAUUCCAUACAACAACCUUUCAUUGGUUUAUCGGCUAGAGAUUUCAUCUUGCAUUGGAAACACAAAGCCGUAUUGCUAUUCAAAUUGAUGCUUUUAGAGAAACGGGUGAUUUUUUACAAGUCUCCUGUACACCCGUUGUGCUCGACGAUACUCACCCUCGUAUCGUUAUUUCCCGAUAUGAUAGAAAACGGUCUUCACAACUCGGCUUGCAUUCGAUUAUCCAGACCGAUGUCCCCGAUGCCGGAAUACUCCGACGAGGAUUCCAGCCCCAUCAAAAUCAACAACAUGAAGAACACAAACGAAACCGACGACGGUAUUACGAUACGAGUAAAAAUCGCCGAAGAGAAUCCAUCGCAGGAGAUCGGAGCUGGUGAUAAUCGAACGUCGAGCAACGGGAACCUCGAAAAGAACGAAGUCGGAUUGGAACUGGCCAAAUUUUGCACCGACGAAGAACUAAACGGAGACGACAGGCCUUGUUUGCAGAGGGAAAUCAGCUCGGACACGAUCUCGGACGUUACUCACAACAAUCUCUCGUAUCUCAUCCAAUUGGGCACCGAGAGUUGCGGCUUCCCCUUGCAAAUUUUCACCAAAGGAUCCCUCUGCUUGCCCUACUUAUCAUUGCCCUAUCUGGAUUUAUUAGCCGACGUUAACGUGAGAAGUUACCUAGUAGGCGCUACGAACGUUCUCUUCAAACAAAAACGACAGCUCUACGAUAUUCUGGUCGACAUCGAUGGGAAUCGCAUAGAAUGCCAAGAUAUGAAUUUGAGGAAAUACUUGCAUUUAACCACCGAAGAUCUCAGAUUCGCCGAUUACCUAGUGAAGCGAGUAUCGGAAGAAAAACACGAUGUAUUCCUCGAUGGAGUUGGAUGGGAAGGCGGAGACGAAUGGAUCCGCACACAAUUCAGGAUCUACCUGUUGUGCUUACUGAGAACUUCCAUGUUACAAGACGGUUCGAGGGAAAUCGAUCACUUCAAUUCGAGCUUCGUGAGCUGCUGGAGGGACUCGCACAACUACAAAAUCUGGCUGAGCGGAGUCAAUCCGGGCAUAUUGGAUGUUCAUCCGGGCCAUCCGUUCGCCGGGCAAUUGUCAGUAGCCGAUAUGAAAUUACGUUUUGCGCACACGAUGCAAAACACGGAGAGCGGUAGGAAAAUCAACCAAGCCAUGGCCACCACCGGUAAGGCCGUUGUGACUACGGGAAAGGCCGUAGGUGGAGCGAUAUCGCAAGCGAAGGGGGCGCUGUCGUCGUGGUGGAGCAAUUUUUUGGUGAAUCCCCCCGAGCAUGGGGAAAAAACGGCCGAAACGCGGCAGGAUUGCCAAAACGAUUCGACCGAUGGUAUAACGAACGUUCCGGCGAUUGUUAAUAAUAGCGAUAAAGAAAAUAACGAGAUCGACGAUGUGCAAUCAAACGAUGUGUCCAAAUUAUACGAUAAUGAUGAUAAACACAAUCCGGGCGAAGUGCAUACGGUUUAAAUUUUAGCGAACAAUUUGAACAAAUUUUUUUGUAUACUGCGGUAGUUCAUUUCGAGUGUACUUUACAUUAUUAAGUUUUCUUAGUAGAUAAAAUCGUAUAAGAAAACUGAAUGUAUGAUACACAUUUAUGUGAUAUUUUUUUAUAGUUCUUAUAGGUAUAAAAUUUGCUUUAAGAUUUUAAGUAGAAUUUAUAAUUUAUUUACGAAAGAAACACAAAAAUUAGGGCAGUUAGUUUUAAUACUCCUUUUACGUUUCAUUUUUUCGUCGUGUGCAAUAUUUUU